AGACGUGUCCUUGGAGUUCACUGACAUUUCUUGUGCAUGCUGGUUUAAUUUGCAGUCAUGUUCAGUGACGUUUGGCUAUAUUUGUUGUAUUUUCAAGCUUUUGUUCAGCAGAUGUUUGCUCCCUGCAAGUAUCGGGAGCAGCUGGCUAUGAACUCGCUCGACCUGCACCAGUUUGCAGGGAAAUGGUUCUUCAAGGCGGCUGUCAGUCUCAGGGACUCAGACAUCAGCAAGUUCAGGAUGUUUGACAACAUCUUCUUCACCAUACAGGCCAGGUCCAACACCACUCUGGUCCUGAAUGGAAACAUGCGGAUGGGAGACGACUGCAUAAGGCAGAACUGGACGUACCAUGUGCAGGCGGGGAGGGAUGACCUGCUGCUGGAAGGGAGGCCACAGCGCCGUAAUCUGCUGUGGAGCGGCAUGUGGGCCAACUGCAGCGACUGCAUCGUUUUCCAGGAAAUAGACCCGCCUCUGAAAGAGACCGACUCGCAGGAUUCACUCAACAGAUUCCUGCUAUACUGUCGGCAGAAGGAUGUCGACUCGGAGAUGUUGACGACGUUUCUUAGGAACUCGGCUUGCAGUGGCCUGACAGCGAGCGUCACACUACCCCAUGAGAAAGAGUUUUGCAUCUAGACGUGAGAGUCGAGGACGUAGAGUCGCUUCCCACUCAGUGAAAUCGCAGCAUUUAUCUCAGGAUGCUUUGGGAGAUCUUGGCUCUUUGUAACUGGGAUCAUUUUGUCUCUCCUGUGCCACACUAAAGUGAACCAGAUGGCCUCAGAGAGUAGUUAUAAUUUUGUUAAACAUAUCAAAGCCAAACCCAUCCAGAGGUUUUAUUUUCAGAGCUGCAGCUGCUGAGGCGGGAAACCCGACAGAAUCCACCAUCAAUCAAAACCCAGGAAAUCCCAGCAGUCAGAAAUAGCUGAUCACCUGCCCAGGAAGGAGCAGUUUGUGUUCUCAUAUAAAUAUUUUACUUUAUUCUUUUGAGUUUAUCAGAGUGGCAUUAAUGUGACUCUCAUUGUGAAGAUUUCCUUCACAUUUCUCUGAAUAAACAAAUCUUUCAUCUUGA